UUGAAUUCAAAGAAAUUCGUUACAAAAAAUGAGCAUUUUAUUUGUUUACUUCGCAAAAAGAGCGUGAAAUAUUCGUAAAACCGAUGAUAAUCAGGUGAAAUAAAUAAAGUUAAGCAAGAAAUCAGUGAAAAUGGUUCGUUAUCCGGCCUUAAAAGGCCUAUUUGAGGUUGAGAAAACUAUAGGUUGCGGGGGAUUUGCAAAAGUUAAAUUGGCGACUCAUAUAGCUACAGGGGAGAAGGUUGCAAUUAAGAUUAUGGAGAAAAGAAUGCUUGGGGAUGAUUUGCCCAGAGUUAAAAUGGAAUUAAAGGCCUUACAGUCUUUAAAUCACGAACACAUUUGUAAAUUGUAUCAGGUGAUAGAAACUGAGACUCAUUUCUUUCUUAUCAUCGAGUAUUGUUCAGGUGGCGAAUUAUUCGAUCAUAUAGUUGAGAAAAACCGAUUAACUGAAUCGGAGAGUAGGAUGUUUUUUAGGCAAAUUGUUUCUGCUGUGGCUUAUUUACACAGCCUUGGUUAUGCUCACAGAGACUUGAAACCUGAAAAUGUUUUGUUGGAUAAAAACCAAAACCUAAAACUAAUAGAUUUUGGGCUUUGUGCAAGGCCUGAAGGGGGUGUGGAGAGCCCUUUAUUUACUUCCUGUGGCUCUCCAACUUAUGCAGCCCCUGAGCUAGUAAUGGGGAAGCAAUAUUUAGGCCCCGAAGUUGAUUUGUGGGCCAUGGGGGUUUUGUUGUAUGCUCUAUUAGUUGGGUCACUACCUUUUGAUGAUAUGCAAAUAGAUAGUUUAUAUAGGAAAAUAAUGAGCGGCAGAUACGAAGAGCCUUCCUUCCUUUCGCGAGAAAGCAAAAAACUGAUCCGCUCGAUGCUGCAGGUAGACCCGAAAAAGCGCGUCACCGUAAACGAGCUGCUCUCGCACCAGUGGCUCACGAUGGGCAUCUUGGACCCGGUUCUGAUCCAAACGGAGACGUCGAAGUUCUACGACAAGGAAUGCGUGAACGCAAUGGCCAAACAUUAUCAGGUCGAUCACGAGGUGAUGUGGAAGUAUCUGAACAGGUGGAAGUACGAUUAUCACACUUCGACGUAUUUGUUGCUGCUCAGCAAGAAGAAACGCGGGUCCACUUUGAAGUUGAGCAACGCUCACAAGUUGCCUCUCAGAGAAAGAAACAAAAACGAGAAGCCAAGUCUUGAAGUUCCAGAGAUAAAACCUACCUUGGGAACGCCGAAAUCUAAAAUUCCCACCUCAACUUUAAACACGCCCAAAAAAUUGGAUUUGCUUCAACUGCCUUUAACUCCGAAAUCCAGCGAUUUUAAUCAGCUUCCGUCCACCCCAAAGCAGGAAAAUACUCCUGGUACUCCUGCUCGACAAUUUCUUGAACCAAAGAGGCCUGUCAGCGCCAUCAGGAAGCCCAUGAAGAGGAUUAGGAGCCCCACGUUGGACGGAGAUGGAUCUCCAGUGCCUGCGAAAAAAGCAACCCCAGGAAAGUCGACCCCACUCCGCACACCCGAACACAAUAGUUGCCCAAGGACUCCUAAAAACGACCACAGUCAUCCAGGAUCGGCUCGAAGGAUGCUAGGCAGCAUAGAAAGGUCCUUGCACAAAGUCAGGGACGUAUUAACGCCCAAAAAACCCGCGCACGCUGGAGGAAACCCUCUGAACCCCGUACAACUCACCAACAAGAAUUUAUCUAAUGUUUCCACAACCCAAUGCAGAGAUCCAGAACACGUAAUAACUGAACUUUCAAAAGCUCUGGAAAGUAAAGGAAUCGUCUGCAACAGAAAAGGGUACAGGAUCAGGGGUAAAUUCGAGCCUAGUCAGCGUUUCAAGGGCUGCUCUUUCGAGCUGGAAAUCUGCUUGCUGCCUAACUUGAAGCCAGCCCCUCGAUUAUCGCAACAGCACGACAUAACGCCGAAGAAAACGACGCUCAAAAACGACGUCGCGUCGCGUCGUCCUGCAGCUGAUCAGCUGCAGGAAAAACCGUGCGUGGGCAUCAGGAGGAAGCGGCUAAAGGGCGACUCGUGGUGCUACAAAAGGGUGUGCGAACAGGUGUUGGCGUUGACAGCCACAGAGUUUAAGGACACUAUAGAAUCGUCAGUAUAAAAUGUUUUAUAGAUAUUAAAAAUAAU